ACGUCUCCUUCUCUCACUCUGCAGCCUUUAUUAACACUUUACUAUAUCCCUUUGGGAUAACAGUGUCAUUACUGACAUAAGAUGGUUGAUUAAGAUGAUUUCCACCUUCAUUAGUUCAGUGCAGUAAUUAGUCUAUGAUGCUCUCACAGAAACAAAAAAAGUUAAUUGCAGAAACAUGGGAAAGUCUGGUUCCUGUGGCUGAAGAUAUCGGUUCAGAUGCACUUCUUAGGAUGUUUGUGACGUGUCCAGGUAGUAAGACAUACUUCUCCCAUCUUGACAUCAGUCCACGCUCACGCCACAUGCUGUCCCACGGUAGAAAGAUAGUCCAGGCCAUAGCUGAAGGUGCCAAAGACAUCAGCCAGCUGACAGUCACGCUCUCUCGUCUGCAGACCCUGCAUGCCUACCAACUACGGAUCGACCCCUGGAACUUCAAGAUAUUCUCUCACUGUGUCCUCAUCAGCCUGGCCUGUCACCUGGGUGAGCGCUUCACGCCUGUCAUGCAUGCAGCCAUGGACAAGUACCUGUCAGCUUUCGUCGCCGUGCUCGCUGAGAAGUAUCGAUGAGACGGGACGCGUUCCCUUACGUCAGACACUUCUGUAGUUUUUUGGGGUUUUUGUUAUAAUAAUAAACACCUACUCACACUUGA